AUGCAGCUUCAAACCAUCAUUGCCCUCUGUCUCUAUGCUGGCGCCCAGCAAGCUGUGGCAGCUCCUGUGGACAGAGACAACGAAGUGGCUGCCCGUGAUCUUGAAGCCCGGGCAAGCCCAGGCGAAAGCAAUGCCAACCCCAUCAAGGCCUCUGUCAACGUUCAGGGCCAGAAUCAACUACCAUUUGACGCUGACUGCUAUGCCAUUCUCUGCAAGGGCGCUGACCGUAUCCUCCAGCGUGACAGCGACGAGACGAAUCCAAACCGGAAGGAUAGCGGUGUUACAAAGACAUUUUCGGGAGGCAGCGGCUCGGGCCCUUUUAGGAACCCUCAGAAGGCCAAUGUCAAAGUUCCAGCUCCCAAGUCGUCGUGGGACUCUGGUAACCCAUUUGUGUCUCCUGAAGAAUUCCCUUUUGCCUCGACCACACAGGGAGGAAACGGAGCAUUCUUAGUGCCCGUGAACCAAGCGUCCCAGAAUUCCCAGGGCGGUGCUAUCAACGCAAUGUACGAAAAGUACGAUAUUGACACGGCAGACUGUGGUACGGCGAGCUGGUUUGAACUCUCUUUCACCGGCUCACUUGGUCCUUACUGCAAGGCCCUUAUGGCCGGAAUGACAAGCUCAGAUCCCAUCUGCCAAAAGAAUGCCAAGGACGCUGUAGGUGACUGGGGCUUUGAUGUUGGCGAGUAUGUCUACAAGUACGACGGCCACUCCUACAGAGCAGCUGGCAAGCAAUAG